CAUAGCGGCAACGACCUCGACGAGACGACAGCCCGCCGAUGCUUUGGGCCACCGUGGAGUAAAAGUUUGAACAUGAAUCCCCAAACAGCCUCGGUAUGGUACAAGCGGUUAUCUUUGGUGUACGCGUUAGGCGCCUGGACGCUGCUAGGCUCUGUGUUUUAUUUGGAUCGUAAACAGGCGCCAUCAGGUCAUGAAGUAGAGCAAAAGGAUGAUUCAACAAGUGAAAUGCCUGUCUCAAUUGAAAAGUCUGAGCUCCUAAAAGGAAUUUAUGUGGAAACAAUUGUCACAUAUAAAAAAGAUUUUGUCCCAGUUACUGACAAAAUCCUCAACUAUUUCAAAUCAUGGACUGGUGGACCUCGUUAAUAAUUAUGAUUAACUGCUGAAUUCUGAAAACAAAGACUUUGGUUCAUUUAAGCUUGAUAGAUGAUUUGUUUUUUGUUUGUGAAAAGUAUCUAUUUAAUUUAACUUUGCUGUAAAAUGUAAUCAGUGGUAAACGCAGAGACUAUUUCCUUGAAUGAAACUAAACAUAGUAAUUCAGAAGGUAUUUUAUAUUUUACUUGUGUAAAAGGUCAAGGUGAAGUUCCACAUUGAGUUUCUAUAGGCUCAUUUUUCGAACUAGCUCAUAUGACUUCGCAUUUUUUUUCAUGUUGGUUAUUAAAGCCUUAGGUUAAAGUGAAAUUCAGCAAAAUUUCCCAGUUCAUUUUGGGGCUUACAACAGCCCUUUGGGUACUGUUGGAUAGUGGGUUUCUUAUGAGUUAGAAUAAAAUUCCUGAAGUAAA